CUAGUGGUAGAUCCCUAAGAUUGGAGCAGGUGAUCUGACAACAUGGCGGAAGUAGAAUAUUUCGGCGGUAUUGAAGGUGGUGCCACCCACUCUAAGAUGGUGAUCAUGUCCUCUGAGGGUGAGAUCAUGGCAUGGAGUGAAGGACCAAGCACCAACCACUGGCUAAUAGGUGUGGACCAGUGUGUGACAACCAUCAAUGACAUGGUGGUGGAUGCCAAGAAACAAGCAGGCAUCCCUGAGGACAAGCCUCUUAAGGCUCUGGGCCUGUCUCUGAGUGGAGGAGAGAAGGAGGAGGGGCAGAAACAGGUGAUUGACGGCAUGAAAACCAAGUUUCCCAACGUCAGCGAGAACUACAAGAUGUGUACAGACACGUUUGGGGCCAUCGCCACUGUCUGCGAGUCUGGUGGUAUGGUGCUGAUCGCAGGGACCGGGUCCAACUGUCAACUCAUCAACCCAGACGGCGAGACUUACGGCUGUGGAGGCUGGGGACACAUGAUGGGGGACGAGGGGGGAGCCUAUUGGAUAGCUCAGAAGGCAGUCAAGUAUGUGUUUGACAAUGACGAUAACUUCCAGGAACCCCCGUCUGACACAAGUUACCUCAAACUGGCCAUGUUUGAGUACUUCAAGGUGAAUGACCGUAUAGGUUUGUUGGACCACCUGUAUCGCAACUUUGACAAGUCCAAGUUUGCCGGCUUCUGUAAGCUGGUGGCUCAAGGAGCUCAGGAUUUCCAGGACCCCCUAUGUUUGGCUUUGUUCCACAUGGCAGGGGAGAUGCUAGGCAGACACAUUCUUGCCUUGGCCCCUAAGGUUGACAAAAGCCUCCUAGAGGGAGAGGGAGGACUGCAGGUGGUGUGUGUUGGAUCUGUGUGGAAAAGCUGGGACGUGCUCAGAGAAGGUUUCCUAAGAGGCAUGUUACCGCGGAACGACAGAGACGUCGCCAUCAAGACCAUCACGCUGCUCGAGCUGAAGCAGUCCUGCGCCAUCGGAGCAGCCAAUCUGGGAGGACGCAGCAUUGGGAAGAAACUCCCCGUCAAAUACGCCGACAACGCCACUGUCUUCUUCUCCCACACAUUCUCCUGAUACUGAACCUAGGCAGAGAUUUUGGCAGGAAAGUCACAUAACAGAGCUAAAGCGUCACAGACUGGAACGGUGGGCUUAUCUUAGGGGCAGGUCACAUACAUUGUAUGAUUGCCAUUUGAUCGCAAACUGAAUGCAUUCUUGGGAUAGUCAUGGGUGUGCUCAGUAGUCUUGUUACAGAAAAGUCUUAGAUCCUCAUCAGUUGCUUGAAAAUCCUCAUCAAAAUUGUACGACGACCUACAAUGAAUGUGACCUCGCCGUUACAUGCACUUGGCUUCCAGAGGCUUUUGAAAUAUUCCAGAUGCACUGUGGUAUCUAAAUGAUGGAGAGGUGUUGUAAAAUGUUGCAUCUGUUGCACUGUCAGUAUCUUUUUUUACCUCCUUUAUGAUUAGCUUUUUUUUAUGAUACGAUAUCUUGGUGGUCUUUGUCAAAGAUGACUAUUAGCAUCCAAAUGAGAGUUUGACGUCAUGUGGCAAAAAAAUGAUACAAUAUGAUACAAAUGUAACUGGAUACAAGGAAAACCCUCAGAAAACAAUGGUUACCUUUGUGAAAGAGUGUUUCUCUGCCAAAUGACAGAAAAAAUUACAGAAACCAUUGCUGAAAAACACUUGCAACGCUUUUCUGCACACUUGCAACGCUUUUCUGGUUGUGGCCCUUUCCAAACUGCUCUGCAUGUAUACAAAGGUGCUAUUAAUGUAAAAAUUAGCCGCCACAAAUAAAUCUCUACUCAUGGUGUUAUGCCUAAUAUUGUUAAAUUAUUCAAAUGUUCUUAUUGUAAACUUUUAAUGAUAUAGGUAGUAUAUGUUUUAGUUAUUGUACUUGUCUGAAAAUCUACUUUUUUUCUCUUGCCAAUUCAAUGCAAAUUGUACAAUACAUAAAGCAAACUGACAUAAUUUCAAGUUGAUUCUUGUUCUUGGUGUGUCAUUUUUAUUAUGGUAUCUUUGCAGGUCAAAGUAAGAAACACUGGCUUGAGCUACAAGUGUGAUGUAGAUUGAGCACAAUUUCCUGUAUUAGAGACAACAUUUAUGCUUCUCUGUU